CCAGCCCCCAAAAACCCUCGCGCCGCGGCCAGGCGGUGAGCCGCCGCCGCCGCACGCCCCAUGGCGCGGCCGACGUUCUCCCCAUCUCCCUCGCCCGUCGUCCCCGUCAAGAGAGAGCUCGUCGACGAGGACCACACGCCCCUCCCGUCGUCGCGUAAGAGACGCCGCCGCGACCACCUCUCGCCCGCCGCAACCCCAACCCCAGCCCACCUACUCGUCACGCCGCAGACCGUCCCGUCGGGGAGCUCGAGGCGCGACUUCUUCGAGGGGAAGUCGAGCGUGCUGCCCGGGCUGACUCCGCCGUCCUUGCCCACCGCCGUCAAGGUCGAACCCGACGGCGAGGCCGAGGCCGAGGCCGAGGGCGAGGCAGGGGCUGCCGCGGACGCCGACGCCGGUGGCGACCGGGAUAUCCGCAGGGAGGUGGUCAGGGUAGAUGACAACUUCCAACCCUCGAGGCCUGCGCGGGCGGAGCCCCCUACCCUCUGGGCCAACCGCCGCCGCCUCUCCCGAAUCCUCCACGAGCUCGUCCGCGCGCACCGGUGGCGCGACGCGGCCGGGCCCUUCUCCGCGCUCGUCGCCGGCACCCGGUACCCGGAAUCCUUCGAGGAGUUGCGCAGCGUGUUCGCGGUCGGCAUGGAGAUCCAUAGGCGGCACUUUGAGAACGGUGGUAUGAAGCUAGGUGCCAGGAGUCGCUACUACCUCAGGACGCUGAAGCUGUAUGAUGUUUGGGUGCGAAGGCUAGGUUGGUUACUCACUUGUGCAAAUAAACACUUGGUUAAACUUGAACUGGCUCUCUUUUAUCUUUCACAAGGUAACAUCGACAAUGCAUACAACACAACAAGAAUUCUUAUUGCUAUGGAUGGUCUACAGACAGAGCCAACUGUAAAUCUUAUACAUGGACUAAUAUCAUAUGACAAAUGGUACUCUGGCUUGCCUAAAGAUAUGCAACUUGAGGAUUUUGAUGUUUACGGUCAAUCAUGCACAGUUUCAACGGCAACACAUGGCUGUGAUGAAAAUGGUCAGCAAGAUAGUUCAGAUGACAAUUGUAGCAUUGAUAGUGAUUCUAGUUUUGAUGGUUGCUCUUCACAAAGUUCUAUCAAUAAUGGGAACAUAGACACACAAAGGAAGAUUCCCAAGAAACCUGGUUUUGUUCAUUCUACAGAGGAAACUGGUUCACUUGGAUCACAAGUGAAUGAAAAAAAUGUCGAUACAGAUUUUCAAAGUGUAUUUUUCAAUGCCUCCAAUAGUCCUACUUGUGGAUUGGAAAAAAGCUUGUUGCCAUUACGUCUAAAGCAUUCUGAUGGGGCUUCAAAUGCUUGCUUUGAUUCAUAUUGGAAGUACAAGUCAACAUAUAAUGCAUUCUAUGAAGAUGCAGAGAAAUGUCUGAGAGUGGCUCUUUAUUCAACACCACCAAUAAUGGCAGCCUUAUUGCCAUUAAUACAGAUUCUCCUGCUGGGUGAUAAACUGAAAGAUGCACUUGCUGAGCUUGAGAAGAUCUGCCACAGUUCAACUACACAACUUCCUUUCAGAUUGAGAGGUAGAUUGCUGGAAUAUUUUGACCAAAACCAAGUGUCAACCAUUUCUUCUUGCUAUGAUGAAGCUUUGAGAAGAGAUCCUACAUGCAGCUACUCAAUGCAGAGGCUAAUCAGACUGCAUAGAAAAGGUUAUUAUAAUACAAUCCAACUACUUGAGGCGAUAGCUUUACAUCUAGAUUCUGUCAAUGGGAAACUUUGCAUCUGGGAGGAACUUGUUGCAUGCUUCCUUCGGCUAUUUUCUGACCAGACUACUGACUGUGGGGAUUGUAUGUCAUGUAACGUGCAAGGAGAUGGAACCUUCACUGCUUCUAGUAACUUCGCCUGUGUCUUUUUUGAACAACACACAAGAGAAACAUGGAAGGUCCGGUGCAGAUGGUGGAUGAACCACCAUUUCAGUCAAAACAUUUGUACAUCAGAAACCGUAACAGGUGAUUGCAAGCUCCUGGUUUCGAAGGCUGCUUGUGCCUGUCAUUUGUAUGGACCGGAGUUUAGGUACGUCAAAGCCGUUGAGAGUUAUCUUUCCGGGCAAGAAGCCAAUGACGAGAUCAAUUUCUUAUCCAGAAAUAUGCAGAAUUCUGUAAGACUAUUGCAGACGUUGGAGAAACUAACUUCAUGAUUCAUUUUAUUUAUUUAUUUUCCGUUUCAUAGCGUAGUUCAUGCAUGAUGCUGUAAGUAAAAUUUUGGUGCAGUUUUGUGCCGGUGCCCCUCAAAAUGAGGCUCAUUAUUUAGUAUGACGAGAAGUGUUGUAUCGAAUAUAGUGUGUAGGGAACUAGGGAAUUAGUUUUGGCGCUGGCGAACCAUUUCAUUUCUUAUGAAUGUAGGGAGGAAAAAAAUCGAUGCUGAAGUUUAAUAUUCUAUUUUGUAGUUUUGAUGCCCCUCUAUUGGAGGAAAGCAAAUGAGAGUCAGAACUGUUCUUGGAUAGGGUAUUGACGGCAUGUUUUAUGCAUUAUUGCGAACUGAAACUGGGGCUGGUGGUUCUCAGAAAAGCCUAAUUCUUGUGCAUUCCUCGGGGUUUACAAAAAAUCGUUAUCACAUGCAAAACGGCAACCAAUAAUCAAGCCGGGGAGGUGAAAAGGCCCGCGGUGACAAAAACAACUUUAAGGCCAUUUGC